GGUUGCCGUGGAAAAAAGCAGCAGUUGCUUUUUUUGGGGGGUUGAACUUCCCCUAUAAAAGUGUCAGCAAGUGGUCUCACACCUGAAGGGUUGUCGGUCGCACACAAGCAGCCAACAAAAAAGAAUGUCUGAUCAAGGCGAGACGACGUUGGAGCCCUCGGGUUUCAACGUGCCCGCUCAAGCAUCGCCUCCACCGUACGAAGAACCGGUGCAGCAAGAGCCACCGCCCUACUCGCAAGACUUUUUAGAAGACGACGAACCCAACGGUGAAACUGCGGGAUGUGACGUGACAGAGGGCGACCAGUCCUGCGUGGAUACUAAAGCGGAGGCUCAGCCGGAGGACGUCCCGCUGGCUGAGACGUCAGCUUUCGAUGACAAGACGGUCAGGAGAGCGUUUGUUCGCAAGGUGUUUAGCAUCCUGACCCUACAGCUGGUGUUCACGUUCAGCGUGGUGAGUCUAUUCACCUUCUCCAGUGUGGUGAAGAAGGCGGUGCAGGCCAGCAUUUGGGUCUACGUCAGCUCCUUCAUCAUCUUCAUCGUGGUCUGCACUGCCCUCAACUGCGCCAAGUCCCUCCGGCGCAGACACCCCUGGAACAUCAUCGGCCUGGCCAUCGUAACUCUGAGCCUGUCGUACGUGGUGGGCACCAUGGCCUCCUACCACGACACCCGGGCCGUCCUCAUCACCAUGGCGAGCACCUUGGUCAUCUCCCUCAGCAUCAUCGCCUUCUCGGCGCAGACACGCUACGAUUUCUCCUGGUGCUACGGCAUACUGCUCAUCAUGAUGGUGGACUUGCUGAUGUUCGGCUUUUUCAGCUGCUUCUACUACGCGUACAUCCCUCAGGUUUGCUACGGAACCUUGGGCGCCCUGCUGUUCGCACUGUUCUUGAUGUCCGACUGCCAGCUGAUGAUGGGCGCACUGAGCUACCGCCUGGACCCCGAGGAGUACGUCAGUGCAGCUCUCAUUAUCUACCUGGACAUCAUGCUCAUCUUUAUCUACCUGAUGGGGAAGCGCUAAAAGCCUCUCUCUCUGCUUCUUUUCCUACUUCUCGACAGUCAUUGUAUUAUUUGUCAAGCAGACUUUCUGUGGCUCGGAAUCAAAACGGUCCAGCUGUUCAUCUUUCAAAUGUCAUUUUUGAGCUAACAGUACAUUCAAGUGCAAGAUUUUUGUGGCAGAUAAAAAAUCAUUUACAAUCA